AUGGCGAUCUUCAGCGUCUACGUGGUGAACAAGGCGGGCGGCCUCAUCUACCAGCUGGACCACUACGCGCCCCGCGCCGACACCGAGAAGACGUUCAGCUUCCCGCUCGACCUCGUCCUGCGCCCGCACGACGAGCGGGUCGUCGUCGCCUUCGGACAGCGCGACGGCAUCCGCGUGGGCCACGCCGUGCUGGCCAUCAACGGCGCCGAGGUCAACGGGCGCUUCACGGCGGACGGGAAGGAUGUGCUGGAGUUCUUGGGCAACCCCGCCAACUACCCGGUGUCCAUCCGCUUCGGCCGCCACCGCCUCUCCUCUAACGAGAAGCUGAUGCUGGCCUCCAUGUUCCACUCGCUGUUCGCCAUCGGGUCGCAGCUGUCCCCCGAAGUCGGGAGCUCCGGGAUCGAGAUGCUGGAGACCGACACCUUCAAGCUGCACUGCUUCCAGACGCUGACAGGGAUCAAAUUCGUGGUUCUUGCUGACCCGAGGCAGGCGGGGAUAGACUCCCUUCUCCGCAAGAUCUAUGAGAUUUACUCUGACUUCGCUCUGAAGAAUCCUUUCUACUCCCUGGAGAUGCCAAUCAGAUGCGAGUUGUUUGAUCAGAACUUGAAACUUGCUCUGGAGGUGGCCGAGAAAGCCGGACCCUUUGGACCUGGAUCGUAGAGAAAGCCUCGCCUGUUGCACGGACUCCUUUCUCUGAAGAGCAGGGCCUCUCUCUUCCCCGGCUGGCCUCUCCCGGAGCUCUCUCCUCCGCAGCAGAGACUGCGUAUCCCCAAAACACGCUUCGUUAUCUCCCAAGAUCCCGUUUUAUCCCCUUUGUUGUGAAAUUUACCUUAAACAGACUCCUUACUACUGUUUACAUUGAGCCGCAGAGGCUUACUCUGCUGUUGCGGCUCCGUUGCCCUCGAGCGAAGAACGAAAGAUAAGGUGCGGGUCCGUGGCCUUACCGCGGUCGACUGUUUUCUUUCGUUUCGUAAUUGUACAUAUGUAUUUUUUUCCUGUAUAGCUCUAACUUAUGGUUUUGCAGAGGGUUUCUGUGUAGAAGUCAUAAACGUUCCUGAAAGAGG